AAUAAAGUAAUAAACGCAUUCAUCGUCUGGGAAACUACCCCAAUUUGGAUUCGAUUUCAUUGUUGGCGGAUGCAUUUACAUAUAGAAUUCAUGCUUCCCGGUCUGGAAGCUUUAAUAUCUAGCCUCUGCUAACUAACGCUCGCCCCAUACUUUUUGAUCAAUAGAUCCUUCUACACAAGGGGUACAGUCCAUAAUCAAACACAAUGCUACAGUCCCACAAUCAUACACAAGCACACAACCAAUCAAUCACAGUUCUCCUCACUGAAUCAGAGACCACCACCAUCAAUCUCAUCCAUAUGGAUAUUCAUCAUGUAAUUGAAUUCAGUAUGAAGAACAACAAUUACAUUCCUUCAUGCAAAGAAGAACAAUUACAUUUCUUGUUGCUAUCAACACUAUAAGAAACCACUCAGUCCUUCAAUUUAUCACAUCAUGAUCGUGCAAAUCACAGUAAAUAUACACAAUUUCAAUUAUAGUGUCAUACUAACAACAAACUAACCUUGUACGAAUCAAGUACGACGAUGACCCAAGGUUUAGAAAAUCGUCGGGAAUCCAACGGUGGUUCGUGAAAAUCCACAACUACACCUCCGUCGCUCAGCAGAAGACCGCCGAUCAGAUUUCCAGAUUUCCCGAUGUAAUCGACUCUGCAAUAUACAACAAUAACUGCCGUCUGUCGACUAUCUCGAAUCCAGAUCUAUAUUCUACCUCUCAAAUCAUUUAUGCUUUUGCCUUAAGAAUAUACACGAUCGGGUAAUGCAAAGCUUCUCCAACACACCUCUAUGCUGUUCAUUAAUGAAGUUACCCACCCUUCGUAUCGUCGAUCGCGGAGGAAAGAGUUACAGGAUCACGCACCUCACGCGUUUAACGCGGCGACGGAGCCAGACGGGGAAUUUGCAUGUCCCCAUCGCUGAUUGACACGUCCUCCAGACAAACAAAGUACUCAAUGUACUCUGUACAUUCCAGAACACAGAGGCACAUUGUUUUUGACCAGUUGUUCAAAGAAAGAUCACAAACGCAAGUACACCACUCGUCCACGAUUCCGAAGUAGACCAUCAAGGUCUCAGGGCUCCUAUUAAAGAAGUCGGGAGAUUACAAUGAGCUCAAAGUACCCCAUCAAUCAAAAUGAGCUCUUCCUCUGCAACUAGGCAUAAGCAGCUCCACGUAGCUUUGUUCCCAUGGCUUGCCUUCGGUCACAUAAUCCCAUUUCUUGAGGUCGCCAAGCACAUAGCUCGCAAAGGCCACAAGGUUUCCUUCAUUUCCACACCUAGAAACAUCCAACGCCUCCCCAAAAUCCCAGAAACCUUAACCCCGUUGAUUACCCUAGUCCAAAUCCCACUCCCCCAUGUCGAAAACCUUCCCGAAAACGCAGAGGCCACCAUGGACGUCCCUCACGACGUUAUCCCAUACCUCAAAAUCGCUCAUGAUGGACUCGAACAAGGUAUUUCUGAAUUCCUUCAAGCUCAAUCUCCGGAUUGGAUCAUUCACGACUUUGCCCCUCACUGGUUGCCUCCGAUAGCAACUAAGCUCGGCAUCUCAAAUGCUCAUUUCAGUAUUUUCAACGCUUCCACUUUGUGUUUCCUUGGAUCAACAUCACCAAAUCGAGUGUCUAGAUAUGCUCCUAGAAAGAAGCUAGAACAAUACACUUCCCCUCCCGAAUGGAUUCCCUUUCCGUCCAAAAUAUACUAUAGGCCUUUCGAGGCCAAGAGACUGGUGAACGGUAUUUUGACACCAAAUGCUUCUGGCGUGACUGAUCACUUUCGUCUGGAAUCAACUAUCCAAGGUUGUCAAGUCUACUUCAUUCGAAGUUGUAGAGAGAUCGAGGGUGAGUGGCUCGAUUUGCUUGAAGACCUUCACGAAAAGCCUGUAGUGCUUCCGACGGGCUUGUUGCCACCAUCUCUACCAAGAAGUGAUGAAGACGGCGGAAAGGAUAGUGAUUGGUCCAAAAUUGCAGAGUGGUUAGACAAACAAGAGAAAGGGAAAGUAGUUUAUGUUGCAUUUGGGAGUGAGCUUAAUUUAAGCCAAGAGGAGUUCAAUGAGUUGGCUCUUGGACUGGAGCUAUCCGGAUUGCCUUUCUUUUGGGUGUUAAGGAAACCGAGUAAUGGGUCUGGCGAUGGUGACUCGGUUAAGCUACCAGAUGGGUUUGAGGACCGAACCAAAGGUCGUGGACAUGUUUGGACUACCUGGGCUCCCCAGCUCAAAAUUUUGUCCCACGAGUCGGUCGGGGGUUUCUUGACUCAUUGCGGUUGGAGUUCCAUCAUUGAGUCACUCCAGUACGGGCGUCCUCUAAUCAUGCUGCCAUUUAUGUACGAUCAAGGGCUGAUUGCUAGGUUUUGGGACAACAAGAUCGGAGCUGAGGUACCGAGAGACGAAGAGACUGGAUGGUUUACAAGGAACGAGUUGGCGAAUUCAUUGAAGUUGAUUGUGGUAGAUGAGGAGGGGAAGCAGUACAGAGAUGGAGCUAAUGAUUAUAGUAAGUUGUUUAGGGACAAGGAACUCCAUGAUAGGUACAUGGACGAAUGCGUGGAGUAUUUGGAAACGCAUGCGCAUCAUGAGGUUUGAAUGCUACCGGUUCGAGUGAAUAAAGAGAAGGCUCAAUUUCACCGGCUGUUUCCACAGAGCAGGCUGAAUUGGUUGCCCAGCGCCUUCAGAAGUUCACGUACAAUAAAUUUAAGGGCAGCAUUAUAUAGGUAGUAUUGAUUAUGAAUCUUAUGCGAAAUAAUGAAUUAGUUUCAUGUUGUUUAACAUACCUCGUGCGUGCAAGGCUAUAUAUUGAUUAACCUUAUGGUCUUUUAACAUUUCUCAUACCUAAUGCAACAAAUAUUUAAAUGGUUUUGAGG